CACAAAAAAAGCAUUGCAAACCCAAACCACAGCUAUCCAGCUUCCAGAAAGACAGAAGAAAGAAAGUAAUCAUGAUCAGCACCAAGAGGAUUGCUCAGAUGGCCAAGAAGUGGCAGAGGAUGGCAGUGUUGGGGAGAAAGCGGCUCUCUUGGAGGAUGGUGAAGGAAAGCGAUGGGUGUUGCAACUCUGUGGCGGGCAAGGGCCACUGCGUGAUGUACACUUCCGAUGGGAGGCGGUUUGAGGUACCACUUGCGUACCUUGGCACACCGGUCUUUGCAGAGCUCCUACGGAUGUCCCAGGAGGAGUUCGGCUUCAUGAGCGAUGGGCGGAUCACACUUCCUUGUGAUGCCAUGGUCAUGGAGUACGCCAUGUGCCUCCUCAGGAGAGGCUCCUCUGCAGAGGUAGAGAAGGCAUUCCUGAGUACCAUGGCAGUGUCAUGCCACUAUGCAAGCUGUAUGGCACCAUCUGUUGGCGUUAGCCAUCAGGUUAUUGUUUGAAGCUCCUAAACGGAUGUAAAUAGUUCAGUAUAGGUUGUAGGAAAGAAAAUUGCUCUGCGGAGUCUUUUGAUCCUUCAAGCAAUCAAGGAAGAUGCAAAGUAGUAUGUUAGAGCUCUUCAAGCAAUUAAGGAAGAUGCAAAGUACUAGUAUGUUAGAGCCAUUAUUAUUGUUCUCUGUAAAUAUGCUUCAUUGCAUUGAUAGAUGAUUAAUUAAAUACCAGGACUUACAUGA